CAGGAAGAGCAGAAGAGCGGAGCAAACGGCUCUGUGGUCUUGGAGAAGUGGCGCAGGCGAUCGGGUGCCUUCGAAGUGUCGCCUCCAUCGCCGUAUGACCUGCGGGCCCUCACCUCGGGCAUUACCAUGGGGGCCCCGGUGAAAGCCGAACCGGCCCGGAGCUACGCCCCUGCCAAGGAAUUCCAGACGUUGUUCAAGACGUCAAAGGCCAAACUGAUGGUCAGCAAGCCUCAGCAAGCUGUAAUUACCACAGACUCCUGGCAGCUUCUUGCCGCCGCGGCCACGGCUGCGGGCUCUUCGACAAAGAAUCCGUUGGGUGGAGGUCAGCAGGGAUUGCCGGCACCGCGACUCACACAAAAGCCGCCGAAGGAGGAGUCCCACAAGCAGCCGGCAAAGCCGCAGGAGGAGGAGGCCAAGCGACAGCAGGAGAACCAUCGGCCUCCGCGCCUGUCAGCGCCGCAAGAGCCUUUGGCCUUCUGGCCCAUGCAGACGGGCCCUCAAGGUGCGGGAACCGUCGCGGACCAACCUGCUGAGCCUGUGGUGGAACCUGAACCACUCCUGGAGCUGACGCACGUCUUGAACAUGGUGGCCCCACGUCCACAAAUACCACCCCCAUCCGGUGGGGUCAGCAACACGUCAAAGCUUCAGACACCAUCAGUUGCAGCAGAUCUCUUGGUGCAGUCGGCGCUGCGCAUGCAAUGGCCGGCUGACAAGAGGAAGCUCGCACCAAAGGACGCAGCAAGCACAUGCCGCGAAGCGGCCGGUGUCCUACAAGAAGCCAUCAAUCAGCUGUCCUCAGCUGCCAAUGUCCUCGAAUGCGGUGGAAGUGGUGUGCGAGAGGUUGCGAAGACUUACUGCGCCGAGACUAAGCGCCGGAAGACUUAUGCAGGACCUGCAGUUCCCGGCGCCGUCUCGCCACCUGUAGGGGGGAGUGGCAGCGGCAGCACGGUCAGCAGCUUGUCACGAGCACCCGCCGCACCAGCUGUUUAUCGUGGGAGCCCUCCCAUGGUGCGGACCACCGGACUGAGAGUUUGA